UAGUAUUAUUUUAACCGGCGAACGAAUAUCUUGUGUUCCGCGGUCUCUUUCUACCUAGUAUAUUUUGUUUCCUAUCACAACUUCGGAAAAACUAAAAAUUAAGUAGGUAUUGUGUCCUAAAAAACUAAGUGUAAAAAGGUUGAUUGCAGCGAAAACUGUGUCAUUCCGAUAAGAAAAGAUAACUUAAUUGUCAAAUCAUCACGUCGAGAUUAGCUAAACUAAAACCUACUGUAAUUUGUACAUAGAAAUAUCAGUUCAUAGUUUGUAUGACAAAAUGAACAAGCCAAUGCAAGAAUGGACUGUGGACGCUACUUGGGGAAAAAUUGCAAUGGUGUCCUGGGGAAACCCAGCUAAGCCGCCAAUGCUUCUGGUGCAUGGAUUCAUGGACAGUGCUGCCACCUUCAUACUGUUGUUGGAACAACUUCCUGACACUCAUUAUUAUGUAGCUUUUGAUAUGCCAGGUCAUGGAAAAUCGGAUCCAUUUCCCCCUGGCCUGAUCGUGUCUCAGGUAAACAUUGUAGAAGUAAUUCGACUAAUUGUGAAACAUAUGGACUGGAAAAACUUUAUUUACAUGUCACACUCCAUGGGCUUCGUUAUAGGAAUAUUCUACAACCAUUUAUUUCCCGGUAAAAUAACAAAAAUGGUCCACAUAGACCCGGCCGCGCCGAUAUCCGUAUAUUUCUACGUUCACAACACAGUGCGGCGGUGGUACGAGCAUUUAUAUGACAUUUACUACAGUAGUUAUGAUAGGUGGAACGAGGGCAGUACGAGGCGGUUGACACUAGAUGAAGCUGUAAACCUAAUAGUCCGAAGUAGAAGUAUAUCAGAAAAUCAAGCGGAAGUCGUAUUGUCUAGAUGUCUAGUACCAGCUGGUGACGGAAAAUUUAAAUUAUCUUGGGAAACAAGAAUGAAGAAGAUUGCAGCCGCAGCAAUAUCUGAAGAAACCUUCUACACUGUGAUGACUCAGCACGCACCACCGAUGCUCAUCGUGCAAGCAUCAGAAAACAUAGUUGUGGGACCGGGCCGCGAGUUCGCAGCUAACAUUCUAGAAAAAUGUCGCUUAAUGCUACCCAAUUUCCAAAGUGUGACUGUCACUGGCGGCCAUGAUGUGCAUAUAACACACCCAGAAAGUAUUGCACCGCAUAUAGAAAAGUUUCUAAAACCUGAUAGAGAUUGUCGUUUUCUUAGAUGUAAAUUAUAAAGUUAAAAUAAA